AUGGCCCGGCCCCGGUCCGAGGAGGCCCCGGCGGCGGCGGGCUCGGAGCUCGCUGCGCCCGUGCCCGGUAGGCGGCACUGCUCGGGCUCGCCGCCCCUGGCGCGCCGGCCGCCCGCGCUCUUCGCAGGACCAACGAGGCGGCGGCGGCGGCCUCCCUCCCUCCCAGGCUGCACUCGGGCCGCUCCCUCCCCAGCAUGGCAGCGGGACCCAGCCCACGCCCCUAGCGAGCCCCGGCCCGGGCCGCUUCCCCCGAGAGCCACCCAGCGCGGGGCCAUGGCCGAGUGGGCCCCCGCCCAGAUUCAGGAAUGGAACGUCGAGGCGCAACAUCUGCUGCCUUUGCAGCCGCCCCUUGUCCCCGAGCGCGCUCACAUGAGAGAAGCACAGCUCCACACGGCAGAGGCCUCUCUCUGGACUGUGGUGGCUACAGUGCAGGCCAUGGAGCGGAAGAUCGAUCUGCUGGCCACGCGCCUGCUGAGCCUGGAGGGGAGAUCUGGGACGGCCGAGAAGAAAUUAAUAGACUGUGAAAAAACAGCAAUGGAGUUCAAUAACCAGCUGGAGAGUAAGUGGGCCGUGCUGGGAACUCUGAUCCAGGAGUACGGGCUGCUGCAGAGGAGGCUGGAGAACAUGGAGAACCUGCUGAAGAACAGGAACUUCUGGGUCCUGAGACUCCCCCCAGGCACUAAAGGGGAGGUCCCCAAGAUGCCGGUGACGUUCGUCGACGUGGCUGUCUAUUUCUCCGCGGAGGAGUGGAAGAAUUUGGAAGACUGGCAGAAGGAGCUGUACAAUAACCUGGUGAAGGAGAACUAUGAAUCUUUGAGCUCGCUGGACCGGACCCGUUCCAAAGCGGACCCCGAGCCCCGGAUUGAACGAGGGGAAGAGGCUUGUGUCCAAGAGCAGCAGGACUUAAAGGAGAGAGAAAUCCCUCCAGAGCCCUGCACAGAAUCCCUGAUGUCAACGCCCGACAUUCUGUCCCGGAUCAAACAAGAGGAGGGGCCUUUUGUCGGGGAGCAGCAGUUCUCGGAGGAGAGAGGAAUUCCCGCGGACCCCUGCGCAGGAGCAGACGCUCUGAUUUCUGCCCAUGACUUUUUAUCCUGGAUUAAACAAGAGGAAGAGCCCUGUGUCCGGGAUUCGUGGGAGUUGGCUGAAAGAGAGAUCCUCACUGGCCCUGGCCCAGCGAGAGACGGCCCCGCCACCAGAACUCAUGAGCGCCAUAGACCAGACCGAGAAAAUCCCCAUUGCACAGAUGAGGAACUGAGCCUCGGAGAGACGAAUGCCUUGGCCGAGGUGGAUGUGACCGAGCUGGGAAUGAAACCCAGAUCUCCCGAGUGCCAGCCCGGUGCCUGUUCGACCGAGAUCUUAGUAAUCUGCUUAGAGUGGACAAUUGGCGCACACAAGCCCUUCCCAAGCCAGAAACCUUUAUUCGCGCUCCACUGUCUGAUCGCCACGUGA